UUUUUUGUUCUUUUUUUUUGUGACCCCUUUCCAACUUGCUGUGCUGCCACCUGCCUCCUGUGUCUUAAUGCCCUUUUUAAGGGUGGCAAGUACAGCAGAACUGGUAGUAUCAUUAAUUAAUAACCCAUGUUUAUGACAAGGUAAAGAAGGAAUAGAAAACAGGGCUAAAAAAUAUUUUCAUUUCUUUAUAAUAGAAGAGGAUGACUCAAAAGGCUAUAUGUCUUCCUCCAAGAAGCAUCCAGUCACGUUACGUAUUUACUGGAAGCUUUGAGAGGAGAGACUGUAUUGCAUAUAGCAUUCUUAGUGCCCUUCUAUUAAAUGUACAAUUGAUAGAUAUGUAGCUUAGAGACUUUUAUUUCUGUUCUGCAUUUGAAAUUUAAAGCUAUCCUCUUGAAGGAACAAAAAAGAAACUCUGCAUUCAGUAUUUUCUGAGCCUUCCUGAUAUGAAUAACAGGAAUAGUUCAGUCAUAAAAAAUAUAAACAGGAAAAAAUUAUAUUGGAGGUUAGAUGUUCAAGAUCUUGCCUGUAUCUCAUAGCUAGAAACGAUGCUCACACUCUUAUCAAUAACAUGGAAGCCAUACAUUACAUGGUUUCUUUUUGGUUUUUUUCAAUGCAUUACUGUAGGGCCAGUUAAUCUAAGAAUUGCCAUAGAAACAUGUGGAAGCUUUAACAUAUAAGGGCAUUACUUAACGUUUGCAGUAAAAGAGUGCUAAAAUGUUUAGGAAUAGAAUUAAUCUAAUUUUGGCUUCAGAAAAGAUUGUGUUUAGUCUAAAUUGGCCUAGCUUUUUCAGUGGUCUGUGGGGAAAGGUAUCUUCAGAGGGCAAUUUACCCUUUCCCAUUUUAGAUACUUAUCUCUAUCACGUGGUACUUAUCUAGAUACUUAUCUUUAUCACGUGAUAGUUAUCUGUGAUGUGAGUUGUGUUGGAAAUGUGUUAUGGGGGUUCUUCUUCCUGCUGAUGGAGAUCCUGCUGCCAGCAGGACUCUUGGAGUGCAGUUUUAUUGAUAUCAAGCAGUGCCUCUGGGAAUGAUGACAGAGCAAGUAAAAAAAGUUGUCAAAUUACUUGAAUGUUUCAUAGUAAACUGAUGAUGUUUUAUUGAAUAGGCUUUAUCAGAAAUCAAGAUGUCAAUAGAAAAGCAAUAAUAUAAAUAUAGGAAUCCUGUGUAAGGAUCAGGUAUUUCAACAAACAGAACAGGAAUAUUUCUUGGAAACCUCUCAGAUCAAAGGUGUUCAAGCUUUAAUGUCUUGAUUUCACUGAAAUUAUGGUAAAAGAGAAGUGUAUUUUUCUUAUUGGUUCUAGUUGGACUGCAAGAAAGUAACAUUAAAAGCUGAUGUUUGGAAAUAUAGUCAUAUAUAACUGGAGGGUUAAGUUAUGCUUUUAUACCUAUUUCAGUGAGAAGCUAUCCUCAGAUUUAAUGGAAAGUAUCAACAACUUGAAACUUCCAUAAUCAAUUUUCUUUACUGAUUAACUGUCUAAUGAAAUUAAAAAUUUCAGGUCCUCUUUAAUGAUAAAAUUUCAAGAGGGCUGGACACUUUUUGGUCUGUAUUUAGCUGGAAAACUCAUUUUUAUAAGAAUCUUCAGGUAAUAUUAAAAUAUUGAGCUGCAUUGUUGGAUAGCAGCAGUUUAUAGUGCUUUCGAACCAUUUUAGUAAUUUGAGAUUAGAUUUGAAAGCAAAAUCUAUUUGAUCAAAACUGUACACAAACUCAAGGCAAAGUAUUUAAAACUUGUAGAGUCCUCUCCAUUUGAUGGAUAUUAGAAGCUUUAGUAAAGUCACAUGAAAUCAUAGAUUACAAAUGCUUCACCAUGUUUGUCUUUCCGCCAGAUGGUAAUUAGACCUUUUCUUCUUGCAUAGGAGUCACAAGCUGAUUUGCUCUUUUUGUUUGUGGCUUUCAAAUUUGCAUUAGUUCACAUAGCAGCUUGGAUUAGAAAUUUAUUAGAGGAUAAAGAUAGCUUUGCAUCUCAAUAUUGCUUUCAGUCAAUACUGGCACAAAAAAUGUCUGAACAAAACCCCCACGCGUAUUGCUGCUUUUCUUUCUGCAAAUCCUGAAUUUAUUCCUCUGUUUCCCAGGAACCUUUUUUUCCCAGAAUGGACUUUGUGUUCUCUCAUGAUCCUGAUCAGCUCUGGAAUCUUGGGACUGAAUAACUUAUUCUGUAAUAUGAAAAUGAGUUAUUUUUUCAAUCUGUUUUUAAUUGUGACUGGCCAGCCAGCCAACAAACCAAAUCCUGGUUAUGUGGUAAGCAUAAGCAGGAAGUUUUUUAUGUCGUCUACAAUUAUAAUUAAAAAUAUCCUAAAAAGCAGGGAACAUUUUACAAGCACAAUAAAGAACAAUCUGACAAAGACAACACUAAAAACUACUGAUUUUUUAGUAUUAUCCCAAAUAGAGACUUUGUCGUGGGAUAGUAUUGGAGACGUGUCUACUAGCAGACAGAGGAAAUAACAUUUAGACUGAGAGAUACCAAGCGUUUAUUAAUGCAAAGCCAGACUUUGAAAUAUAAACUGAUUUUACUGAGAAAACGGUGUAGUUUUUCAGUGAAAAAUGUUAGUUAUGUUACAACCAUGUUUAAAAUAAUUUCUGUACAUGUAAUGGUCUUAUCUUCAUACCUAUAAUUUUUUUAUAAACUAUUGUUUAAUUCUUGGUUUUGAGGCAAAAUGUUUACUAUGUAUUGUAAAGUAGAAUUUGUCGUUAUAUAGGAUCUUUUCUUGGUUCAGCAGCAACGUGUGGAGCUGUAAUGUGUCAAUUGUUAAGGCAAACAGCAGCUAUUGUGCGUUCAACAGUAGUAUAUGCAAGCUUUGAGCACUAGGACCUGCAUAUGAGAAAACAGUAUUGUAGUGUGAUGCAAUACACUUUUUGUCUCAAGUGCCCUGGAGUCUUUCUUUCUUGACAGAAGGGACUGUUAGUCUAACAUCUAAUCCACAAAAUGAUGUUUCAUAGUACAGCAUGCGAUUUUUAUGGAUUAAGCCAAAAAAGCCCAUUACAUUAAGUAGACUGAAUUUUCUUCAGCAGAAAAUUAAAUUAACUAUAGGGAAAAUAAUUCCUGUGGCUUCUUUCUGAGCUAUAAUGUUUUGUUCUGGAUGCAUUAUACAGGAGUGACUUAUUUCCUGAAGCAUGAGGUAGGGAGUGGCAUCUGUUAAAAUUUAAAUGUAAUUAAGGAGACACUUAAAUCUGUUUAUAAAAGGAUGUUUGUUUUAUUUACAUACCAAGAAGUCAGAAAUAAUAGUGACUUUAUCAUGUUAGCUGUGACUAAGAUUCACGUAGAGAAUGUAAGAAAUUGCAGCCACAGUCAUUAGUGAAGUAUUUUCUCUCAAGAAUCUUAACAGUGUUAUGUGCGUUUGGUGCCUUCCAAUUAGACUCAGUAGAAGUUUUUAAAAGUGGGGAAAAAUAAUUGUUGUCAAAGAAAUCUGGCUGCCUUUGUUCUGCAGAGAGGAAGGCUGUUAAGAUGCUGAUGUUGCAGGACAGUUAUUCCUGAACACUUAUAGAAUCAUAGAAUCGCUAGAUUGGAAAAGACCUCUAGGAUCAUCGAGUCCAACCAUUCCUAUCAACCACUAAACCAUGUCCCUGAGCACCUUGUCUACCCAUCUUUUAAAUACCUCCAGGGAUGGUGACUCCACCACCUCCCUGGGCAGCCUCUGCCAGUGCCCAGUGACCCUUUUUGUGAAAAUUUUUUUUCUGAUGUCCAGCCUGAACCUCCGCUGGCGGAGCUUGAGGUCAUUCCCCCUUAUCCUGUCCCCUGUCACAUGGGAGAAGAGGCCAGGUCCCUCCUCUCUACAAUCUCCUUUCAGGGAGUUGUAGAGAGCAAUGAGGUCUUCCCUCAGCCUCCUCUUCUCAAAGCUAAGCAACCCCAGUUCCCUCAGCCACUCCUCAUAAGACUUGUUCUCCAGCCCCUUUACCAGCUUCAUUGCUCUUUUCUGGACACACUCCAGAGCCUCAACAUCCUUCUUGUAGCUAAAGACCCAGAACUGAACACAGUAUUCGAUGUAUGGUCUCACCAGUGCUGACUACAGUGGCAGAGUCACUUCCCUGGACCUGCUGGCCAUGCCGUUUCUGAUACAAGCCAAGAUGCCAUUGGCCUUCUUGGCCACCUGGGCACACUGCUGGCUCAUAUUCAGUUGGCUGUUGAUCAACACCACAGGUCCUUCUCCUCUAGGCGGCUUUCUAGCCACUGUUCCCUUAGUCUGUAGCACUGCAUAGGGUUGUUGUGCCCCAAGUGCAGGACCCGGCAUUUGGCCUUGUUAAACCUCAUGCCAUUGGCCCAUCUGUCCAGCCUGUUCAGAUCUCUUUGAAGAGCCUCCCUACCAUCCAGCAGAUUGACACUCCCACCCAGCUUAGUGUCAUCCACAAACUUACUUAGGGUGCAUUCGAUCCCCUCAUCCAGGUCAUUGAUAAAGACGUUGAACAGGACUGGGCUGGUUUGUUCUGAAUCAGCUCUCAGUGAUGAGAGUUAGACAGACCUCAGAGGGAGCAUCUAUAAGAUAUUUGUUAGUUCCGGUCAUCCUUGGAGAAUUACAAAAAUUGCAAACCUAGAAGUUAACAGAGGGCAAAGUCUCUGGAUUUUUAAUGGGUCCUAAUGGUGUUUAGCAGCUGAAGAUGAGGGAUGAUGAGCCAGCUUUCCUUAGCUGAGAAGGUAGUACUCCUCAGAUCAUACAGAGUUCGCAUUAUACGUGUAAGAGAUUGUACAGAACAAUUUGUCUUAAGGAAUCAAGAAAUAUCUACACACCUUUGGGGGUUCUAAAAUUUUUUUGUCUUGUAAGUCUGAGUAGCCUGGGUGUGACUAAGAAGUCCUGUGCUUGAUUUCAGGUAUAGAAGUUCUGGCCUUUAGAAAGGAGACGCAGUUACAGAAGAAAUUCAGGGAGUAGCAGGCUGGGAAUUCUACCAUUUCUGAUAGAAAACAGCACCCUUUUGAUAAUUUACCUAAAUGAUAACUGAGGGAACCUGAGCGCUAGAAAAGCAUUAACAAAAGCUUUUUUCUUAUGUGGGAUGGUAGUUCAAACUUCACCCAGUAAGAGAGCGAAUACUGUAAUAAUUAUAUGUAGUCCUUUUUUUUUUUUCCUGAUGCCUUUCAUUUUGCACAGGAUUACCUUUUGGAAUAUCUAAACAUUUUCCUACAAGAAGUGCACACAGACAGGAAGAAUUACAAGACUUUAUUUGCAGGAACAGCGUAAAAAGAAACAACCAAAGAACGAAUGCAGCUGGUGUAGAGACAGAUCAACGUCAAACUAACUGUAUUAAUCUUUGUAAGGAAAGUAACAGGCCUCAGUCUCCCAAAAGAGCUCCAAAUGAAUAAUCUCAGUCUCUAGCUACGCUCACGAAAUAUAUGAUGAUUCUAGUUGGAUCUGAGACUUCAAAAUUAUUCUGAUUUGAAUUAUUGUGGAUACACCAGCAACAGCUCUAUUUGGACACCAUAUUUCAAACACAGCCUCACAGUGUUCUGGUACAGUCAAAAGGUUCACUUGUAUAGCACAGAAAAACUUGAAUUGUUUUCAGAACAUUAAUCAGGUCUGUCAUAAUCUAAUGCUUUGGUAUGUGCUGGGAGCAUUUUGAAAACUUUAUCACAACUGUGCACGUACACCAAAUGUUAGGUUAAUUAUCUUGAAGUCUCUGGUUGUAAUGGAGGGCUCUGUUGCUCUAUGAAUGUUCAUAUAAAUUUUGAUCUUGGUCCAGAAGCUGCUUUAAUUUACACUAGAUGCAUAAACUAAUUUAAAGGGGAGAGAAAUGGGCAGGAAAAUUUGCCUCCAGAAAUUAAGUCAACCUUGUCAUGGAGUCUGCAGACCAAAUAGCUUCAGAAACCUAUUAAGCAAUGCUUGCCCCUCCUACCCAAAUUUCUGAAAUUUUAAAAUAUUCAACGAAUGGCACUAAAUCUAUUUUGCACUGCUGUACCGAAGUAGAAAAGUUAACUGUGUUGCCAUAGGUUGAAGUGAAUUGGGUUUUAUUCUCUUUGCUCUGUUAAUUAAAUGAGCUAAUAUUGUUAUGUUGGAUCUGUGAAUUCCACAUAUCUGUCAAAACAAAUUUCCAUUGUCAAGAGCCUAUUUGGAAUCUUCUUACUAUCAAAUCUUCCAUGCUGUUGUUUUUUUCAAUCAGCAAAUCUAUUAUUUGUAGGAUGUUAUUUUUAGUUUUGUUUGGUUUUAUUUCACACUAAUAACUGAAAGCCUUCUCUCUCAGUGAAAGAAUGUCUUUUCAGCAGCUCAGUUCGUCCUGGCAGCACUAUGGGUGAUUAACAGCUUUCUGAGAGAAUUAAUCAUCUUCAUCGACUUCCUUCUGCCCUCGCUCAAGACAAGCUAGGGGAUUAGUUGGAGAAGGAUAAUACCUUGUUGCUCGCAAGAUAAAUGAGGAUUAUGGACUUUAUUUAGUUCUCACUACAGUCAGGAAAGGUAGCAUUGAUAGAAGUAGAUGAAAGAGACAGCUUUAUUUUAACAGGUUUUGAAUGCAGUCUGAGUCCAAAAAGCAUGAAGAAGAGAUGCCUUCUCUGCACUGGGGGUUGGAUCCUGUAUUUUCUGCAUUUGCAAGACUCUAUAUUAAGGAUAUAAAAGAAAUGACAGAAUCUAAACAAGUGCCAGGUAUAUUCUUUUAUAAUGGACAUCCAGUAAGACAGGUGGAUGUCGUCGGGAUAGUGGUUCAAACCAAAGAGCGAGAUACCUUUUAUAAUUAUGGAGUGGAUGACAGUACUGGAGUUAUAAAUUGUGUCUGCUGGAAAAAUCCCAUGGUAGCAAAAACAUCUUUAUCAGGUCGUCCAAGCACACUCAGCAGUCUUACUGUGCUUGAACAGAUGAAGAAACUCCAAGAAAUGGUGAGCUGGAAAACCAAACUGGAGAUUGGGGAUGUUGUCAGGAUCAGAGGUCACAUCCGAACCUACAGGCAACAAAGAGAAAUUCAAGCUUCGUGUUUCUAUAAAGUGGAUGAUCCUGUGUGUGCUGUUCAGAUUUCAAGAAUGCUGGAGCUCCCCUGUCUCUAUAGAGAAGUUUAUGAUAAACCUUUCCAAGGCCCUGAGGAGAGACAGAGUGGCCUGGAGGGUCCGAAUUUCUCAGCUGGCAUGCUGCAUGAGAAGGUGAAAGACUUUCUAUUAGAAAACAAAAUUCAGACCUUUUACCAACAGGAGCUGGAAACAAUUGAUACUCUGGUCUCACUGGCUGGUGUUCAUCUACCCAGUCCCAGCUGUCAGGAGGUGAAGUCGAAAAGUGACUCCAUUUCCAAGAGGAUUCACAGUGUUUUUAAGGAAGCAAUAAGGAUGCUACAAGAAAAAGGAGUGGUUUUCCAGAAACCUAGUAGCUCCAAGGACUUAUACCAUGUGACGGACCAUGAUAAGGAACUACUUAAAGUGACCCUUGAUGUGAUUAAAGAAGACUGUCGAAAACCCAGGCAUGCUGAAAAAGGCUGCCAUUUUCUUCAUGUCCUGAGUUGCAUUCGGCAGAGCUACAACCCUUCUCUGGCUGAAGCAGUGAUGCACCGUGUCUUGGAACUGCUGGAGAGUAACAGUGAUGUUGUCAGCACUAUGGAUGGAUAUUAUAUGGCAUUUUAAAGAGAGAAGAUAAGAUACUUCUGUUUUGGUCCAUUUAGCAUAAAGGAGGGAAGAAGGAGAGAUUGAGUGACCCUGAAAAGCUGCUAUUACCUGGUAUGAUCUAGAUGGGGGGGAAAAAAAGAGCAUUCUGAUUCUACAAAUGCUGGUUUUGUCCAUCUCCAGAGAAGAUGUCCAAAUACUUGUUUUUACUCUUCUUGCUGACUUUCUCACUAUUCCUAGUGAAAGUUGUACCAAACCGAUUCUGGGUGUCCUAAUACAGUGGGGGAGCUGGAAAAGAAGCUGAGGUUUUCCUGCAGUAAGAUGUGACGUGGCCAUCCUUAUGUUUACAUCCAGUGAGCCCUAAAGAAAAGUCGUUGCUCAGGAGCGCUGUUUACAGCAAUGAUCAUGUCAGGACUUGUUUUUCUGGCUUAAAGACUGACCUUGUGAUCUUUCCAUAAGCUAAUAGCUGUGGAUCUUUAUUUUUAUAUGUAGUUUAUAACAGCUAAAGAAAGGACACACAAGCAAGCAAUCAAAAGGUUUGCCUGUCCUUCCUGACAGUGUUGGGGUACCCAUGUCUGUAAAUUUGUAUUCCUGAAUAUGCACAGCUUCCCCACUAUUAAAACAAUCCUCACAUUUCUCUCAAAAUUAAUAUUCAGGAAUGGGAUCCUGCAUCCCUUCCUCACCCUGCAACCUUGUCCACUGCUUGUCAAGCAUGGUUGGAUUCCCCUGAUACCAUGUGUGUUUCUGAUGCAUGUUGUGGCUUCUGUUCAGACCAGAAUUCUUACAAUCAGUCACUGUUAUGCUGUUUAUUUUUAAAUUGCUUCCUACAUCACAAAUGGUAAACCAUAAAUCAGGUGCUUUGGAAAAGAAAAUACAAAAACCAGCGAGACCCACUGUCAUCUCUGUGCUCCCUGUUGCCUUUUGUCUUUUAUUCCUUGUCACUUUUGGAGAAAAAUACUAUGCGUAUCUGUGCCUGCAGAGGAACACAAGACAUUGGUGAAAUAACAUUUGCCUAAAGAAGGUUACCAUGCAAGAUGUCUGAUCUGGAAUUAUCACAACUCUGUUAUGUGGCACAGUUCAAAGCCCAGAGCUGUUCAAUAUUUAUUUAGAGAGGGCUUGCUGCUGCAGGGGCUUGUCUGUUUAAUUAAUCUGUUUAAUUAAUGAUGUGAAGGUGAGACCUUUAACUUGAAAAGAGUAGAAAGAAUUGAAUGUAUCCUCACUCUUUCCCUGCACCUUCCCUGUAACAGCUGAAAUAGCAGGUUCCCAGGAGGCAGAUGUGGAGAUAAAGCCCUAUAAGGGUUGUCAUAGCAGGGAAAAAUAAACUAUAUGCAUGAGGAAAGCCAAUGAGUAGCACUAUGUGUGCCAGGUCUCUGUUUUGUUGUUAUAUUAUAUGCCUCGUUCCAAGCCCUGGCUGCACUGAGAUAUAGGCUAAGAGAAAGGCAUGACAAAAUGUUUGGCAUUUACAUUCAGAGGCCAGUGGAAAACUGUUCUUAAAGAGAUGGUAUGUUUGUCCAUAGUGGAAAAAUAUGCAUGAAUCAUUCGUUUGCUGUAAAUUCCCUAUUUGCUGCAGAGCUUAAUAGUUAGUUUCCCUGCGGGCUGCCCUACUCCUAGCGUUCCUGCUCUGUUUUGAGUCUGGUGCCUUCCAGUCAGGUUUUAACAUGGGCCUGAACACAUACUGAAGUGAUAUACCUGUGCAGAAGGAAAUAAGAAAGAAUUGUGAAAGUCUUUCCCUGCUCUUCUCCGUGAACGUCUUUGGAAAGCAAGGAAAGAUAUCUUGAUUCUGAUUGAAGUGGUACUGAGAGGAAUUGCUACUUUAAUUGUGCCCACAAAAAGGUCUAGUUGGUCACAGGGGAGAUUUGCCUCUCAGAUUCCUACUCUGAUUACUGACAAGUUUGAAGUGAUGCUCAAAAACAAAGGUUGUCUGUGGGAGAAGUAGUUUGGAAUAUCAAUUCCUGAAUUCAGACUCACUUGAGGAGUUAACCAUAUGCUACUCCUUGAUUACGGACAAGUUGCCUACUUGGCAUGAAUUUGAGGAUAUUUUAAAGGUAAGUAUGUGGUGUCUUGGACCAUGUGGAAGAUUGUGGCAUCUAAUUUAAGAGACUGACUUGGCCAUUUUCUUGAAAAGCCCUAUAUUAACAGAGUCUGAUUUUGCUGGGAAAGGGUUAAAAGAGCACUGCUGGCUCAGUGGGAAAGGUGAUCUCCUCAGCUUAGAAGAGAGAGACAGACUCUGGUUCUCCUGAGGGUGUCAGCCAAGUGUGUGGGCUGCAUGAGUUUUGGGAGGAGCUCUGUGUAGCUGAAUCUUGGAGGAAAAGAUAGUCUGGAGAUCAAAUUGCUCUUUAGGGUCUCUUUAAAAUAAAUUCAUACCAAAAUAGGAUUACAUCUUUAUCCUUUGCAGCUUGGAUAAUUGUACAUGCAGCACCUAAUGUGUUUUGUUGCCUCCAACUUUGAUGCUGCACUUCCUCUGUUUUAGAUGCAUUUCUGUGUGUAAAGCCUGCCUAAAACCCCUGGCCGCUUCUUUCCUAUGCAUUAGAGGUUGAUGCAGACACUAAGCAUCUUCCCUCCCUGUUCUGCCCAUGAUGCAAUUUAUGACUGAUAAGCACUGAUCAGCUUCAAAUGUCAGUCAUGAGGUGGGAAGAAUUGAUCUCAGGAAAGAUGGAUAAGUGACUCUGUAAAGAACCUGUUCUUGGAAGUUUUUAUGCUGAUACUUGCUGGUGAUGCUGGACUCUUGCACCUGAGGGUGCGUUCUGCUGGACAGUGCUCCCCAAGAACAGGAAGAGGGGAUUUUUCUCACGAAGUAACUCAGGGAAAUAUGAAUGAACAUAAGGGAGCCUACAGUGUUUACAAGUGAAAGGCUAAAGUAAAAUUAGUGGAGGAGCCAAGAUUUAAGGUGCACAGAUUCUAAUCCUGAGUUACUGUAUGGAAUAGUUGUGUCUUAGGCUUGCAUGCUUUAUUUUUUCCACAGUAGCCACCCAAUACAGACUAACACUUACUCUGGUUGAGUGCAUUCCCUCUCUCAUACCUACAGGGAAUACCAUAUGCAUAUGCCUGAACAGAAGUACCCAGCGAGCUGUGGGAGCACAGAGCUCACUGUAGGCUGAUUUUCCCAUUUACUCAGUAUCUCUACAGUAUGCUUCUGCGACAGCAGUCUAGACGUACCCAUACUGGUAUAAGUCACCUUUAUGUAAGUCUAACUACACACACUAGGGCUUUUACUGCUAAUAAACUGUCUCUCUGUUUAAAGAUCAUAUCCUUAACCAAGAGAGUCAUGUCAUGCACACUGUUAAAAUUCUUAGACUUAGACCGCACCUACAAAAUAUUGUGCGGAACAUUCAGUGAAAGCGUGCUUUCUUGUUUUGUUUAAUUUGUAAACUUGUUAGGCAACAUGAUUAUUACUGUUCUAUUAAAAUACUUUGAAGGUGGCUCUUUAAUGUAAAACUGACAAGUAAGAAUUCAUGUUGUAGGAUUGCUUCAUGGCCAUUUUCAGUUUCCAUAGGAACAGUCAUGGCCAUCAAAUGCAGGUAAGUAAAAUGGAGUUUUUAAAACUGGUCAGCAUUUUUAUGUUACCUUAAAAAGGCACAUUUCCAUAAAAAUGCAGCGCCUGAGAACAAAAAUCAUGAAAGAACUUUAAUAUUCUAUUCUACCACAAUGUAAGGUGAUUGCUUUUCUGAUGAAGAAACAAAAGAAUAACUCUAUUUUCAGGCCCUGCCAUCUGCUUAGCUGAGAGAAAGGUAAAGUUGCCUCGUGCCUCAGUUUCCCUUUUUUGUAAAUCAGGGAUAAAACAGCUCCCUGUGUAGGGCAUAAGCUUCAAUUUUUCUUAACGUUAGUCAUUGAAAUCUCUUGAGUUGUCUUGUUGGGAGCUGUUAGAGGAGAGCUCUGUGGGCAUGGAUGAAUGGAUAGAUGCUGGAAUGAGAUUUGGAUCUAAGCCCCACUUUUGCUAAUAGCUUUAGCUUUCUCUGCCUCUUUCCAUGCAUAUUGCUCUGCCCGUCUUGUCUUUUUUUGCUCUCCAGGUCCUGUGAGGCAGUGAUGGUCUGCUUGUUUGUAUUUGUACCAAAUAUUUGUCCUGGAAUCCUGUUUCCUCUUGCGACUUCUUAAAUAACUUCUGAAAAAAUAGAAAUCCAAAUAAAUGAGUCCUGAGUGUUCUUGUUCUCAAGUCUUUAGACUGAAAAUUUGCACCCAUGAGGGUACGUAUUUUACACAAGCUACCUGGGAAAUGAAGCUUUUCUUUCAAAGUAAUAAAUGAAAAAUUUAUAGAUUGGCUACAUGACUGAAAGCUGUGACUUUUUUUUUUUUUUUUGAUCUGUCCAUGCUUGAGCAUUACAGUGAUAAACACCACAAACAGAAGGAGUUGCUAAUCCAUUAUUCAGAAUGAGUAUUCAUCAAUGAGCAGCAGCCAGAGAGUCAUGGAGCCACAUGGACAAAGUACUGAAAAAUCUGCUUGUCAAAGAAAUGCAGUUUGGUUCAGCUUGAGAGUAAGCUGAUCCUGUGGGGGAAAGAUGUGCCCAGCAAAGAUUUUUAUCUUUGGGAAAGGAGCAAGUUCAGAUCCCACGGGCAACCUGAAUUUUGAAACUUCCUGUCAGUGCGGCGCUAUGUUUUUUAUUGCCGUCUUUCAGCACAGGCUCCAGCCCUCCUGCCCCAACCCUACAGGCUAGGAGGGAAACAAAAGUUCAGCUGCAGAGAUAAAAGAAUAGUUCUAAUAACUGGUUACCAUCCUCGAGGAGCCUCAGCAUUACCGAAACAUUUUUGUGCAUGUUUGUUGGCAGCAGGGAAAUGCUGAGUUGGGUUUCAUUCCCAGCAAUAUGCCCUGUCUGGCACGUGGGUUUUCCCCCUAAUUUCUUUCAUCUAUUUCUGCUCUCCACUCUCCCCUCUAACUGUCAUUUCUUGAGACCCUUCAUUUUAUUCACAGUCUCAUGGUUCAUCUCUGCACCACGGAUCCCAGCCAAACCUCCUUCCUCUUUUUGUUCCCUUUUUCUUUCCUAAUUCAAAUAUCCUUGUCAGCAUCUGGCAAUUGAAAGUUUCAGCAUAAUCCCUUUGUCGGAGUAGCCUGGCAUUGAUCAUAGCCCAUUCCCAUUCCUGCAGGCUGUAUUUUUUUCCCCAUUUCUAGGCACCAGAAGAGGCAGAUACCAUCCACUUCACUCUUGAGCUUUCUUAGCUAUGUAGUUUGCAGAAGGAAAGAGUUGCUAUUUCAGAGAAACAAUACUUUUCCCACUCCACACUCCCGAGAACCCAGUAGCACCCUCAAAGAUUCUAGUGAUUUUCUUACAGAUAUCCAAGUCCAAAAUAAGUAUAAUUAAAAAAUAAAACGCUUGUGUCUUGUCCAAACCUGAGCAAGCAAAGUCAUGCCCUUGACAGAAGCCAUCUGCCUCUCCCUACCACUUUCACAUCCUUACAGAGAUUUCACUGCAGGUAUGAUCUGUAAAGCUGGUGUGGACUUUUAUUUUGUUUAUCUACUAGUUAAUUUGUCUCCUUGUGUGACUGUAUUCUGAUGUGAUUAUACUGUGUCUGGGUUUUUGUCAACCUCUUCUGUCUGACCAUUGCAAGCAACUUAGUAAUCUGUUGGUUAGUUAAGAGAGGUGAAGGACCUUGAGCUGUUAUGGUAUUGCAUGUUUUUAGAACGUGCAUGCACUGAUAGAAGAGAGACGCCUAAACCAGUGCCACCACUAAGGGGAAGGAAGAAACUCAGUCAUGCAAUGCUGGGGACACAGUGCUGCUUGAGACAGUCCCAAGGAACCUUGUUUUGUAACUUCAGCUGCUACAAGAAGUACUUGUUCUGCAGUGCUUUUUAAAGAAAUGACUGGAUGAUUUUUCCCUGAAGUUUGCUCACAGAGGUCACACCAAGGCAGACAUUUGUGAUGGGAAACUGCAAGUCAGACUGUUAAAAUCUGAUAAGGUUAUAGCAUCUACAUGAGAGUACAAAGUUGAAUAACUGAUCGUUAGGGAUGCCACCAGCCCGUUCCCACUAAUAUGUUUUGUAUGUGCAAUGGAGCCUAUCCUAAUAUAGUCACAGUAAUUUACAAGUUGAAACUAGCCCAGAUUAACAAGGUUGCCUGAACAUAAUAUAACCAGGAAUUUGCUAGUGAAAGAAAUACCUAAAGGAACAAAUUGCAGCAAGUGUUGAACCACUGAACAGCACGAUGCCAAUUAACCUGGUACAACAUGUCCUGCAGCUCUUGUUUUAGCUUGCUUUUUGUUAUUGAUUGAAAGAAGGAAUGUUUCUUCCCUACCAGCUAGGGCUAGAGCACUCUGCCACCUUAGCCUGAGAUGAACAAGCAUGUAAAGACUGAAACAUCUGUUCAUCUUGCUUGAGAAGUAGAGGAGUACCUGCAGUUAAGCUACUGCUUCCAUAUGAGAUUUAGGCUCAGACAUCUAGUUCAUUUUUCUUUUUAAUUUCUCCGAGUUAAAAGUAAAGCAGAAAGUCAUCCCGCUUCUGCUGUGAACAAGGUAAGAUAAAUUGCAAGUGUUUGUCACUGCCUAACAGCCAAAGUGAUUAACGGAAGCAUGUGCCAAUUCUGUUACUGAUCUGAGAAGUUCAUGAAUCAUCACAGAAGUAGAAACCUUCCAAAUAUAAUGGUGAUACUUGGAAAUAGGAGGGAAGAAUUGAUUCCCUCAAGUGUCUUUCUCAACAACGGAGUCACGCAAGCCCUGUAGGCCUACCUCAUUCUAAUGUGUCUUUCUUAGCCAGGUACACAAGGCAGCAGAGAGCUAAGAGGGUGCUUGGAACUGGAUUUUCCUUCUAUUGCUAAAAUUAAGUCAUUCAUAUUGAGAGCAUAGGUGUUGUCCUUGUGUGCAUGGAAAACUCUGCUGUAAUGUCCACAAAACCUCUAGAGCUGUACAAGCCAGCUGAUGUUCUGUAACUACUGCCUCCACAGCUGACUAAUACUCUCUCGUGGUUCUCUUCCCUCAUCUUGUCUUCUGUUCCCAAUAAAGUCUCUUGAACUUAAUUCCUUGUUCAAGUAGUUAUAGUCUGUUUGUCAUUCUGUGGGUACAGUGAUCCAGGACAAACAGAAGCAAAUUGAUAGGGAGAGUUUUUCUUUGAACUCUGAACAUAGGGAAGGAUGAGAAAGGAUAGGAAGCUGAGGGAGGAGGAUUUAGCACAAAGACGUUUGAAAUUAGUCCUAUUGAAAAAGGCUAAGACAUAAUUGCCUAAUGAUGCUUUACACAUCUGUUUCAGAACAGGCAGCAGGUGUUGCAUGUAAUGAAAGCAAGGACUUGUACUAGUUUAUUUUGUGCAAUUAGAAAACAGGAGGAAAUGAGGGCAGGAAAAGAGAAAUUGUAUCAUAAACAGCUGGACAAAUUUAUAUACAUAGCAUAGUAAUAUUUAUAUGGUUUUACCCUGCCUUCCUGAUACUUUCUUAACAGUCUCUCUGUUCUGCAAGGUAAUUUGUCCUUUCUAAAACAGCAAUCCCUUGGAUGCUCAAACUUACAUGCUAAAGUAGGAACUAGCCAAUAAAACACCUUUGAAGAUUAGAAUGUUCAGGACAACAUAAUUGUCUCUUACCUGGAUGCCAUUACUAACUGAUGGAAAUGGUCCUGAAGGGAGAAGCUGCCCUUCUCUUAUGAGUGGUUUCUGUGUCACAGUCACUUUACUGGUGGCUGAGAAAGACGUUAGUGAAAUGGCCUUUAGGGUUGCAUCCUUGGUGCUGCAUGGCCAUAGCUUAGCACAUGCCAAGAUCUAAAUAAAUGGCUGGGAUUCUGGGGCUGGUCCAAGCUGAAAAAUGCGCAUUACACCAGGCCCUGCUAGAGAAGCUGUAGCUCCAAUUUUCCUAAGAGAUUAUUCGGGUCUGGAUGAUCUCAUUCCUUUUUCCAAGCAACAAACAUUCUACAGAGCAUUUGGUUUUCCAAGCAUUGCCACUAGCACCCUAGGAAGUCUUAACCUUGGAAUGACUCGGACAAAAAAAAAAAGUACUUUUCAUGUCUAAUCAUGGGAUAAUGUUGCUGUUAAGCAGGUCCAAAAGUUCUCCUCCUAAAGAAUUCUCUGUGCUGGGAGAACCGCUUUACUUUUGCAUGAAGGUAACUUAAAAAAAAUAAUAAAUCAAUGCGAUCCAUUGCUAAAUGGCAGAGGCUGCACAUUAUUUAUGUCCCCUUACAGCGUCAGGCUCAUGCUUUUGUCAUCUCUGGGCCAACUGCAGUUCCAUGGCUGAGUUUUCAUAAGGUUUGGAUACAUUUUUACAAUUCAUAGUCCAUCAGUCAAAUGUUUUCUGGAUUGGAUAUUGGCAGUCAAUCUCUUCUGCUUUCUCUAGGGUAUGUGCACCUAAAUAAAAUUACUGUUUGAUUUCAGAAGGGAUUGAAUGAGUAAAAAUAGUGAACAAGGGAGUUCAGGUUUAAAAAGGACCUGGUGGAAAUUUGAAUUUUAAAUUUGUUAAUAUGGAGGACUUGGUGUCUUUAAGGUAAUUGGGAAGAAAACACGAAGGUGACUACUUCUUUCUAGGUUUACUUUAUUUGUAACAAGCCUGCAUUUUCAAUAAUGGAUUGCCAAGGUUUUU